GUCAAGAAUCACCUCCGUCUGAUUGGCUAGACUUUAUAAUCUGUAUGCAAAUAGUGGGCUUAUUCCCUCUGGCAUAUCAAGAGUAGUGCGCUCCGCCGCAAAGAGGUCUGUUACCUGUACUCGCCCGGUCUUCUGUGUGAGCUAGCUGAGAUUCCCAGGAGUUUAUUCCAUUAACUCUGUCUCUAGAAUGGCUAAAAUAGCAGUUUUACUAUGCGUUGCGUUGGCUCUAGGCCUCGCGGAAGCCCAAGAUGCUGCAACUGCCGCCCCAGAAGGUACCACGGCAGCUCCUGCAGAAACCACUGCAGUUCCUGCGGGCAACAUGACGGCAGCCCCAAUGGAGACGACUGCAGCCCCAGACGCAACCACGGCAGCUCCAGACGCAACCACGGCAGCCCCAGAAGCUACCACGGCAGCCCCAGAAGCUACCACGGCAGCCCCAGAAGCUACCACGGCAGCCCCUGUUGAGACGACUGCAGGGCCCACGGAGGCGCCAACCACAAGACCAGAGGCCAAAGGACUGUUUGUGACUUGCACUGCCCAGGAGAUUCAGAUCAAACUCGACAUCAAGGAGCACAGUGGACUACAGCUCGACACGCUCACACUGAAGGACACCAACUGCCAGGUUUACAAGAACGACGGACAGUUUGCUUACUUUAGGUCACCUCUUGACGGCUGUGGCACGACUCACAACACCACCAAGACUCACAUUAAAUACAUGAACGCCAUCCGAGCCGAGACCACGGCCAAGACGAACAACGCCAAGAUCUCCCGUGACUUCCAAGCCGAAUUCCCGGUCCAGUGUACUUACGAGAGGUCUGCUAUCCUGUCUGUGGUGUCUUUCUCCCCGAGGAAGAAGGUUGUCUACUCCUCCGCAUCUGGUCUCGGUAACUUCACCUACGAGAUGAGUCUUCUGAAGGGUGACAAUGCCGAGUCAGAUGAGAUCACUGAGUUCCCACAUGUGGUGGACCUGAACGCUUUUCUUAACAUCCGCGCAAGCAUCAAGUCCAAUGACUCCCAGCUGUCUCUCUUUAUUGACAACUGUUGGGCCACGCCCACCUCCGACCCCAAAUACAAGAACCAGCACAAGAUCAUCACUACCGGAUGCAAGAAGGACAGUACUGUUCAGUAUGAUUACAAAACGUCCAAGCCCAUCCAGUUCUUCCGCAUGAGGUCCUUCCGUUUCCUGUCGGAGAACAGCGAUAACAUCCACAUUCACUGCGAGGUCGAGGCGUGCCGAGCUGACGACAAAGACUCUAACUGUGCCAAGGGUUGCCAGCCGUCCUCCCGUAAGCGCCGUAGCCUGUACUCCGAUGCGUCCAGCACUCUCCUCACCAUCGGCUCAGUCAAGGUCGUCUCAGACGCCAACGCCGCUCAGAGCACCAACGCCAAUGCAAGCGGCCUGACCACCGUGUCAAUCGUGGCGGGUGUUCUUGCCGUCCUGGUCAUCGGUCUAGUUGCUGCUCUCGUCAUCAUCCACCGACGCCGCCAACAGGCUGUCAACCGACCGGUCGCUUUUAAGAGGGUCCAGGGAGACACCGAGGAUCUUUUGAUCUAAGUGACGCAUCCUUGGAUUUAUGAACAUCCUGCAUUUUUAUAAGUUAGAUACUGUUUUUUAUUUCAUUUUGAAAAUCCGGAUUUUAACAAAAUCCGUUUUUUUACUUUGAACUUCGAGGAUUUAAAUUAGCAAAGUCCGGGGUUUCGCUUAGCAACGUCCGGGUUUUCAAUUAUCCCGAUCUGAGAUUUUGAAUGGCUAGACCCAGGAUCUCUCCUUUGAAUGGGUUUUUUUCAUAUCAAAUGACAUUUACCAUUUUUUUCACUUCUGUCUCUAUCGAUAUUUUAUCAUGGAGUAUGCAAGGACAUACAUGUCUCGGCUUAUUAGAAAUGAUAAUUUUUUGACACGGAGGUCAAGUCUUUAUCAUGAAAAGUACUUUAAGAAUCGGGGCACAUUUUAUUUGUUUUUUUUUUAUUGCGUUUUUGCAACAACAAAAAAAUCACAAUAAAAAACAAAGGGCAGCAACACCUCUAUUCAUUAGAUCUCUUUUUAAAUAUUAGAUAAUUGUAAAAUUGAAGGGGUUUGUUCGGACCAAUUUCAUGAUAUCAUUAGACCCGAUUACCUCUAUUUUCGUCAUAAGGAAUAACCCUCGAGUUUUUUGUAUACCAUGUAGCGUAAAAACAAUAUUUUAGUCCAUAUCCGUGUAAUAUCUAGAAGUGAGGAUAAACUGGUAUGUAUUUUUUAUUUAAUUAUUUUGAUUUUAGUUAAUUUUUUCCAAUUUUAGUAUAAUAAAUCAAUAAAGCAUUUAACUUUUGUUGCUUAAGUUAGAAACGAGGUGUAAUUUCUCAAUAUAGCUGGCUUACAAUGCCGAUAAUAGUUAAAAAAUUAGUAUAAGGAUUAAAACUCGGGAUAAGGGUU